AACUUGCUUAUUGGCCUUGCAAGUCUAUUGGAGUAUAGUGAUGGGGCAACUGUCUCGACGGCAAUUCAUCAGUACACUGGAAUAUUGGACCUAUCUUGUUCUGGCAAUUUUGAUACUUCCGAUGUAAGUCUCAUUGCUCCGCAACUAUUUCCAAUUCUAGAAUUCAUCUUUCACUCGAUCGUACCGAACAAGGAAUUAAUUCCUGACCUGUUAUUCUCCUGUUUAUCCAUCUUAAUCUGCCUCUUAUGCAUCCGCACCCAAUUUGGCAUCACCACCUUGAUUAACACCCCCUCGCGUAACAUCAUCCUUCCCCAAACACACAGCAAGCUCAUCUUCUUCCAAGAUCUCAACAUGUGGUUGACCAUCUCCUUGUUCGUUUGGAACGUCCCUGCUCUGUUUCUCUGUGUUUACUCGCUGUUCAUUCAACCAAAUGGUCCCAACGGGAAUCUCUCUUCGAGGUUUAUCAUAGACUUCUUGUCGGCGAACUCAACCUUUGGCCAAUUCAUUGCCUAUAUCAUUCUGAUCUCUGUGGUAUACCCGGACUUUAGCACGUGUCCUUCUUCUUCCAAAAGAACAAUCUCUUCCCCCUACAAUCUCACCAAACCAAAGAUUCCUGAUCACUCGAAUUUCGACGUCGGCGAGUUUCAUGAGAUGAACCAUCAUCACAUGACCAUCGAUAUUCCUCAUCAGGACACCUCCCCAGUGCACUCGGAUUCCAACUCAUCAACCUCAUCACUGUCGGAGGAGACUUCUCAGACAAAGAGUUCCCACUCGAAAUAUUCCGCCACUUCGACUUCUCACUUGAGGCACAACAAGAAAAGGCAUUCGAAACGACUGAAGUCACGCGGAGGUAGUAAUGGGAGAAUCGAGAAAAGUGAUGGCAGUUUCAGCAGGAAGCGCAAGAAGACGGGGGAAGUCAAUGGGAUUCACACGUCAACGACACCUUUGAUGCCGAUGGGAGGUAGCGCCAUCGAAGAUGCGCUCGCACAACAAAUAAUAGUGGAAACGCGGAAAGACGUGAUGGUAGAACCUGCGUACAUGCACGCCUACAUAAAUCCGCACAUCCCAUCACCGCGGUACCCCGGACCUUCCACCAAUCCCGGAUCACGACCGACGAGCACCACCAACGACUUAUUGUUAGCACCAUUGCCAACUCCUUAUUCCGAGUUUGCCGUCACCAAAAGCACGAACUAUCAUCCGUCAACGACAGGAAAAAAUGGAGGCUCAUUGAGUCAUCAUAGGAAUAGUGGAUCUCACGGGAAUAAUUCGCUUUUUCAGCAACUGGACUCGGGUACUUCAUAUGACCACAACUCAGGAGACGCGCAUCAGAGAAGUGUGCGAAGCGCACGAAGCACGACCCCACCGAUUCCGCGGUCACCAUCACAGGGGAAUCAACAAAAUCGUUCACAAGGACAAGGAAACUCGAUGCAUCAUCAACAAAUUUAUUCCCCGUCACCACAGUACGCGGCUCAUUUUCGCUCGGCGUCUCUGCAGCAGCCGAGGGUUACUCCGAGUCGUAAGAGAAGCGAUUUGUCAAGCAACCAAGACAAGGCUACCUUGUUGUCGAGAAGCAGCACGAAUAGGAAUAGCAUGGCCUCCUCGAAUGAUGGUGACGGUUCUGGUAUUUCCGAAGAUGAGAGUGAGAGGAAUCGGACGAGGGUGAAGCGUGCCUCAUGGCAUCAACAAAUGAGAGGUCAUGAGGAGACGUUGAGUGAAAUUCGGGAGAAUGGUGUCUAUGGUGGUGAUGGAAAUCAACCGUUGAACUCGGUUUUUGAUAACGAACAGAGUUAUGUGGAGCAACUGAGAGGAAGGCGGAGUAUGAGCGGGAGUGUGAGCGAAGACGGGAGAAAAAGGAGGCAAGAAAGUGGAAGUGAAUCGAAUAGUUUAUCACGUCGAGUUUCGGGAAGCUCCAGACGGAGUGCGAGCGAGACGAAAGAAUAUGAUGGACAUCUGCGUCCACCCACCUCCACACGGUCUUUGCGGAGUUCGAGCAAUAGAGAUAGUUGGGCGAGUCAUUCGGCAUAG